AUGGCUUCGUUACCACUCCGUUCCGCCAGCGCCAACGUUCGCGUAGACGACAAGGUCUGGGACAUGAUCUUCCCUGACGCAAAGACCGAGAAGCACCAGAACAAGGGUGAAAAUACCGCUCAGUCCACCGACCUGAUCACCGCCAAAGACAUCGACAUCCGAGACUGGCCCUUUGCAGACCGCAAGAGACUCGAGUCCGAGUACGACCGCAUUGAGGUCUUCAUCGACGCCGAGCUCAUUACAACAAUCUCAAAGCCACUGUUUCGAGCGGCUUCGACAAAGACCAGCGAAGUCCUCGUAGAUGAUACAGUCAUGCUACCCGCAGCCGUUGAUGCGGAUGCAGUGUCUCGACUCAUCAAAUACAUCGAGGACAUCGUUGCGAAUCCGACCAAGUCCCCGCCAUUCGUCCUUUGUCUACCCAUGACAACAUCUCUGGACGUAUGUGCUGCGGCCUCGGCCCUCGGAAUGGACAAAUACGUCGAUGAUCUAUACGCCCAGUGCGAAGACCUUCUAAGAACAAGCCUACCCUCGUGGGCGACCAUCGAAGCCAUCACUUCAUAUGCGACAAUAACACCGCACUUCCCCCGCCUCUUCCGCAUCAUGAUAGCCGGCCUCGCCAAACGCGUCUGGAACGAAACAGCCUCCAACGUGGAAGUCUUUCAGAUCCAGCUUACUCCCGUCCUCGAAAAGGCGGUCGCGAAGGUGAACGAGAAAUACAGGACCCUUUCUCAAAGAAGGCAGAUGUACGAGAGACAUAGGCGCUUUUCGCUCAGAAUGGUAGCAGCUGGGUAUGGAGAAUGGGAUUGGGGGCGGAAGGUGGUUGGGAAGAAAGAUGAGGCGGGGGUUGAGUGGGAUGAGUAUCAUGGGCCUGCUAGGAGAUCACAUGUGUGA